UACAACGUGACCGUCUGACCCGUUACUGUACCACGGCUACGCAACCAAAAUUGUCAGCACGGCAUGGAGGCUGAGAUUUCUGCUUCUGUCAAGGGCAUUGACCCUCUGGUUUCCAAGUAUGUGUCCGGAUACAUCGGGCAUGCGGUGAAUUUGCCGGAGCACGACGACAACGCUCUGGUUGAGAGCUUGACGGCGUUGCUCGUAAGUGCGUCUGGUGACUUCACUGAGUCAAACGAGACUGCUCUCCGCAAUCUCGUCGUCAAGUUGGUCUCCAAGGCCACUGCUGCAAACGGGAUCGACCCGGAAAAGAGACAGCUCGCUACAGCUGCAAAGCGUCUUGACCAGAGUAUUCAUGUGGGCUCUCAGCGUAACAUAUCGUCUACUCUAGCUUUGGCUGGUGGAAACGUGGAUCUCGAGGCCACAGCCGGCCGCAAAGUGGAGUCCCGCGUCGACAGGAAGAAGCUCGAGAAGGCGGAGCGCAAGAUCCGUGCCAAGCAAGAGCGCAAAGUCAUGAAGAACGUGGAGUACGAAGCAUCUCGCUUGCUUAACCAGCCGGACGAGACACAGUCGUACGAGGAAUUCUACAUGGCUGUCAAUCCCCUCCAGUUGGGCUCGGAGUCGGCAAACAAAAGCAAGGAUAUCAAAGUGGACGGCAUUGACAUUUCUAUCGGUGGCAAGCGCAUCCUGACGGAUACAAGCCUGACGCUCGCCUAUGGCAGACGAUACGGUCUCGUCGGUCAGAACGGUAUAGGUAAAUCCACGUUGCUUCGGGCACUGAGCCGCAGAGAAGUUGCUAUUCCAACACACAUUUCCAUUCUUCAUGUGGAACAAGAGAUCACUGGCGACGACACGCCAGCACUGCAAGCUGUGCUUGAUGCCGAUGUCUGGCGAAAGCAUUUGCUCCGAGAGCAAGACAAAAUCAGCAAGCAACUUGCAGAGCUAGAAGCACAGCGAGCGUCCAUGGCUGACACAUCUGCCGAUGCAGCUCGCCUUGACAAAGAGCGCGAGGGACUGGACACCACGCUGAGCGACAUUCAUGCCAAGCUCGCCGAAAUGGAAUCAGACAAAGCCGAAUCUCGUGCUGCAAGUAUCCUAGCCGGCCUGGGAUUUUCUCCCGAGCGACAGCAGUUUGCUACCAAGACGUUCUCCGGAGGUUGGCGUAUGCGUCUCGCGUUGGCACGAGCGUUGUUUUGCGAGCCGGAUCUCCUGCUUCUUGACGAACCGUCAAACAUGUUGGAUGUGCCCUCCAUCACCUUCUUGUCCAACUACCUGCAAUCAUAUCCAAGUACGGUGCUUGUCGUGUCUCACGACCGAGCGUUCCUCAACGAAGUGGCUACGGAUAUUAUUCACCAGCACUCUGAACGCCUUGACUACUACAAGGGCGCUAACUUUGACUCUUUCUAUGCGACGAAGGAGGAGCGCCGAAAGACUGCCAAACGCGAGUAUGAGAAACAGAUGGCGGAGCGUGCUCAUCUUCAGGCCUUCAUCGACAAGUUCAGAUACAACGCUGCCAAGUCUUCGGAGGCCCAGUCCAGAAUUAAGAAACUUGAACGCAUGCCGGUUCUCGAGCCUCCAGAAGCGGAAUACACCGUACACUUCAACUUCCCCGAUGUUGAGAAGCUGAGCCCCCCCAUCAUCCAAAUGAGCGGCGUGACUUUCGGCUACAGCCCAGAUAAAAUCCUACUUAAGAAUGUCGAUCUCGACGUCCAGCUUGACUCACGUAUUGGUAUCGUUGGACCCAAUGGUGCCGGCAAGACGACGGCACUGAAACUGCUCAUCGGCCAAUUGCAACCAACCUCAGGUAUUAUUUCGCAAAACCCGCGUCUCCGUAUAGGCUUCUUCGCGCAGCACCACGUGGACGGUCUCGACUUGAACGCUAGCGCUGUGGGCUUCAUGGCGGCAAAAUUUCCCGGUAAAACAGACGAGGAAUACAGACGGCAUCUGGGUGCGUUCGGCAUCACGGGUAUGACAGGUUUGCAGAAGAUGGCUCUCUUGUCUGGCGGUCAGAAGAGCAGGGUCGCAUUUGCGUGCUUGUCUAUGACAAACCCCCACAUCUUGGUACUUGACGAGCCGAGUAAUCACUUAGAUAUCGAGGCCAUGGACGCCCUGAGCGAAGCCCUGCAAAGAUUUCAGGGCGGUGUGCUCAUGGUCAGUCACGAUGUUACGAUGUUGCAGAAUGUGUGUACGUCGCUGUGGGUCUGCGACAAUGGAACCGUCACCCACUUCGAUGGUACGGUCAACGAUUACAAGAAGAAGAUUGCAGCGCAGGCAAACGAGGCCGGCGUGGUUCAGCGUCAUUAGAUAUACAUAGACAAAAGCAUUUGAAAAAAUUGCAAGACUGCCUAAUCACCCCAUGAGAUCUAACAACUCGAUUUUCUCUAGUCUUUUCUUCAAUACUAUCAGCUGCCUGGGCAGUAGCAUGGCUGUUCAGCCAUUGAGCAAG